AUGCUAGGCGGAGUGAGAUUAAAACUCUCCUUUACUCAUGAAAGAACUUGUUUUGCAUAUAUAAGUCCAAAAUACAGCACACAUAAUGAUCAAUCACAAUGCAUACAAGUUUUGUUUAAAGACAAACAAAUACUAUUAUGGGCUAUGUUUAGUAGCAGUGUUUCUGAGGGAUAUAUUUCCUGUAAUCCAUUGCAAAGUAAACUUUUAGGACUUGAGGAAGGUGCUGAGGUUUUUGUAUCUCCAUAUGGGGAUGUCAGGGUGCUAGAUGAACUAUAUAUUGAUACAGAUAGUCCAGAUGACCAGGAAAUAUUGGAACACAAUGCUGAUGUCCUCCAAUUACGAGUUCUAGAUCAACUGCGACUAGUUGUUGCUAAUCAAAAAACAGCAGUGUGGAUUUCUACAUCAUUACCGAUUGUAUUUACACCCAAACAAACUGGUUUACUAGUUAAUCAUAGUAGAAUUAUUGUAAGAGUAGAUGCUUUUAAUGAUUUUCACACCCGAAGAAAUACUUUAGAGCCAGUAGAAGCAAAAGGUCAUGCUUUUAAUAAUAUAGGUACUAUUAAUCAAGCUGUGCUUCGGCCUUUCCUUAAUGUUCCAAAAAGGCUAGUGUUGAGAGCACUAACAAUUGACAGUGAUGGGAAAAAGGGUAAAAAUUUGAUUCAUCCCUACACAGUGUUUAUUCAUGAAGAUUUAAUUAUUGAAAUGAAAGAGUGGAUGGUUAUUCUUGCCACAAUGCAAAGUAUACCAUCCAUAGUACAUCAAAGUGAUAAUGAUGAAGAAAUUUCAAGUACCAUUGAUGGUUUGUGUGUUGAAAUUGUGCCUAUAGAUAAUGUGAUAUUUAGAAGUUUGUCCCACGAAGUAUACAACAAAAACAUACCCACAGUUCUGGUUCCAAAGUCAUUAAACUCUAUAAUCAGUGUAGAAAAUGGUAUGAAAAUUAUAUUCACUGUUGUUGGUGAUUCAGCAGAACAACCUGAGCAUAUAGAUAUUAUAACUUAUUCUGAUAAAAUACAAACAGAAAUAAAUGUAGUUGAGAAGUUUAAAAAAUGUGUAGUUGAUAAUACACAUUCUGGAAAGAAAUUUUUAAUCAAUGACAAUAUUGUGAAACAGAAUACAGAAAUAUCGAGUGGAUUUUUAAGAUUUAAGUUGAAGCCGGAAAAAUUAAAAUAUACAUUGUUAAGUUCAGAAUCAUUUAGGCAUUGCUCUGUGUCAGCUAAAUGCCUUAGCGACACUGACUUGGAAUUGCCAAAACCUACAUUUUCAAAGCUGGAAUAUGAUUACAAAAAUUAUUGUAGAUCCAUGAAGUUUACACAGAAUUUAGUCCAAAAGGUUGUUGCACAUAUAUAUUUUGAAAUUCACAGAGAAGCCUCAUUUAACGGUGCAUCAGAUAUUAAGAGCAAUGUUUUGAUUAAUGGGCUCAGUGGCAGUGGUAAAACAUCUCUUUGUCAUAUAAUCCAAAAAGAUCUGACCUUAUGGUCUCAUGUAGUCCAUUGUCGAAGUCUCAAAGGCCGCAAAGACGUAACUGAGGUUCUGAGUAAAGCUAUCCUGACUUGUCAGGAACAUAGUCCAUCAGUACUGAUAUGUGAUGAUAUUGAUGCUCUUGUACCACCUAAUAUGGAAGGUGCUUCCCCUCAAGACAUUGCUUUUUAUGAAAGACUAGCUAUAUCAAUCAAACGCAUGUUACAACAAUGUACUGGAGUGUGUGUAUUGAUGACGUCACUACGCAUGAAGUCCCUACACCCGGUGUUAAGAGAAUUUGGCGGGAAGCCACUGUUUACAAGUUACUUCGAUAUUCCUGAAUUGGACCAAGCAGACAGAGGAGAGAUUUUGAAGCAUUUAUUAAACAAUAAAGUGCGCGAAUCCUUCUUGAUUGACGACGAUGAUGUAACCAAGAUGGCGAUGGACACGGCUGGCUUCAAUGUGAGGGAUAUUGUUGAUUACAUGAACAGAGCAAUUUUCACAGCUGUUAAAAACAAGAAAUCAAAUGCACUCGAUUCGAAGCCUCGACUCAUAGAUGAUGUAAGCAAACAGAGCGAAAAAACAAAAGAAUUCGACAUUUGGGGACCUGUAGGUGGCAUGCAUGAUGUGAAGCAGCAACUUACUGAAUGCAUUUUUUGGCCUAUUAUGUACCCGGUUUUAUUCCCCACACGACGAUGUGGUGUGAUGCUGUACGGUCCUCCGGGGACAGGGAAGUCCCAUUUGGGCUCUUGUUUGGCACGACUGGGAAAUAUGCGUCUUCUUACAGUAAAAGGGCCCGAACUUCUGUCGAAAUAUAUUGGGCAGAGCGAAAAGGCUGUACGAGAUAUAUUUGACAAAGCAGAUUUGCAGCGGCCGUGUAUUCUGUUCUUUGACGAGUUUGACAGUCUUGCGCCCAAACGUGGCCACGACUCUACAGGCGUGACAGACCGGGUAGUAAAUCAGCUACUUGCGAGGCUUGACGGCGCUGAAGGGGGUGCCAAAGGUCCCGUUAUAGUAGCCACUUCGCGACCAGAUCUCAUAGACCCUGCAUUGCUUAGAGCUGGUCGUAUCGAAAGACAUAUAUACUGUUCUCUUCCAGACUUGGAUGGUAGGUACGAAGUCCUCAAGACUUUAUCGCAAAGUGUGACUAUAGAUAAGGCCGUAGAUUUGCAAAUGAUCGCCGAAAAAACUGAAGGUUUCUCGCCUGCCGACCUAAAAUCGUUGCUGAUCACUGCACAACUUGGGAGAUUGGAGACUCAACUGGUGAGUGGUGAAAGUCGACGGAUGGAGAGUGUGGUAGUUACCAAAGAGGAUCUAGGAAACGCCCUCUUGGAAACCAAACCGUCACUGUCACUAGAGCAAAGGAAUUUUUAUGAUAUAGUAUACAAAAGAUUUAGAGGAGAGCCACUUUCAUCAGAACAAACGCUUGCUUCGCGACAAAUGCUCAAGCAAAGGGUCACUCUUGCUUAA